AUUCAUAUUCAUGUUGUGAUUAUUAAGUAUUUCUUUAGGAAGUUCAAAGUUUUUUUAACUUUAAUUAUGCUUAAUAAAUUAUUUUUUUUGUGAUCGUUAUUUUAUAAAUAUUAUUUAAAAAAUAUAUGAAGCCUCAUGAUCUAUAUACAUUUUUUACACCAAUAAAAUUAUAGUAGGUACAACAUAGUUUUCGUCUGUUGUAGUACAGUUUAUUAAAUAGGCAAUGACUAAUAAUUUCCGUCUUGAAGAUGCAAUUUUAAAUUGUAAACAUACUUUUGAAAGUAUUCUAUGUGCUUCAACAACCAUAGAUUUAAAAAAAUCUAUACUAGAAAGAAUUCUCAAUAUACUUCAAGAGUAUAUUCUUAGAAUUAGUGAAAAUGAUAUAAAUGAAAAUCUAGAUAAACCAUAUAUUCAAAAUUCAACAAAAAACAUCUUUGAAAAUGUUGAGUUGUGUCAUAACCAAAUUCCUGAUGAACUUUCUAAUAAUAAAUCAUUAAAUUAUAUAUGUUGCAAGGAAAAAAUUACUACUAUACACAAAAAUGAUGUUUAUAAAUGCUCAACUUGCAAAUAUCAAACUUUUCGAAAAGGUGAUUUAAAAAAACAUUUAAAACGUCAUAUGGAAACAAGUAACUAUUUUUGUAAUUAUUGUACUCGAACGUUUUUUGACAAGUAUAAUUUAGAAAGACAUAUAAAUGCGAAUCACACUAAGCAGCAAAAAUAUUCUUGUUUAUUGUGUGCCUAUACAACUUAUCUGUACGAUUCUAUGAAAAGACAUGAAAAAAUAAAACACAGUACUAAUCCUAAGCAACAAUUUAUAUGUUCUGUUUGUCUUCAUGUUAGUGCCACCAGACAAGAUAUGAAUAUUCAUUCUUACAUACAUGACCAAACUAAGCCAUUUAUGUGUGAAGAAUGUGGUUCUAUGUUUGCUAUUAGAAGUCGACUAAAAACUCACCAGAACACUGUUCAUAAAGAGCGUAAACAUGUAUGUUUUUUGUGUAAAAAAUCAUUUCAAUCAAUGUCAUUAUUAAAACGUCAUACAGUGAUUCAUUCUCGUUUUAAACCCUACUCUUGUCCUUAUUGUAGCCAUACUUCUAACAAUCAAAGUAAUUUAACAAAACAUGUACGUAACAUUCAUUCAAAAACAAAUUUUUCUUAUCAUAAAUUUACAUGAUCUGGUAAUGAAACAAAAUUAUUUCAAUAUUUCAUUAUUCUUAAAAUAUUUUAUGAAAUGAUGCAGCCUGAAACCAAAGUGUUCACAGAAAUAUCAUAAUUUAUGGAUGGCUGCUGCCUUGUCUUGCUGAAAAAAUGUCUUCAUUGACUAAAACAUGGGCAAAUUGCAAUGCAGUAAUGAGGAAGUAAAGAACCCCUUAAACAAAACUUUUGGAACAAGAUUAAAAGAAUGUCUGUUUGUAAAAGGUUUUGCACAAUUUGCAGUUACAACUACAAAAAUUAAUAUAUUUUAAUGGAGGUCAUUUGGCAAACAGUGUAGAAAAAUAUUUUUCUUUUUAUUGAAUAUAAAAUGGCAAUUAUUGCAUUUAUACU